UCCGAGGUAUUACAUAAUACUGCUAUUGAAAUCGCGGAUGCUAGAAAUUGCACGACUGUAUACCAGGUGUCGUGAUUCUCCAAGCAAGUCUAACAAUGAGCCCGAGCAGUUUUCUGGCUUACCAUCGUAGAUACAUUGAUUGUGAAACGUUUAGUGAUACAGAACACAUGUAUGCCCUCGACUAGUACUUAAAUUUUAUCAGAGAUUCGCGUAGCCUUUUAAUUUUAGAAUUCAAACUUGGCGACAAAUGUUCAAAUUUGGGUUUGCGGAAGAUGCAGCUGGCACUGCUGAAGAGGAUAACGAACAGAAGCCCGGAUUAGAAUGGAUUCCCGCCGCCAAACUGGAAAUAACGCCCGAACAAAUCGGAGCGAAAUACAAGGCUGAUUAUUAUACGGAGGCCGAAGUGUUUCCUGGUUGCAAUCUAAAGUUAAUCCGCUCCGAUAAAGUGACGCAGGAUUUAACGGAGCAAAAUUGCCAGAAUAUCGUGGAGGCCGAGUCGAAACAUUCCGAUCUCAUUCCAGCGAAGUACGAAGGCGGGUUAAAGAUCUGGGAGUGCACGUUCGACUUGGGUCAGUACAUACUGGAGAGGAAGAUCGCGCUGAGGGACAAGCUCGUCAUGGAUCUGGGAUGCGGCGCUGGAUUGAUCGGUCUUCUGUCUCUUCGCGAAAGUUCCGCGGUCCACUUCCAAGAUUACAACGCCGAAGUGCUAAGGUCCGUGACCGUUCCGAACGUGCUGUUGAAUUCUGACGAUCGUACGAUCGUACUGACCAAGUGCGAAUUUUACGCCGGGGAUUGGGCUUCUCUCUCGACGUUGCUCGACGGGGGUGAAAAGUACGAUUACAUCUUUACGAGCGAGACGAUCUACAAUCCGGACAAUCAUAAGAAAUUGCACGAGGUUUUUAAGAACAGAUUGAAAGCCGACGGAGCUGUAUUUGUCGCCGGAAAGACCUACUACUUUGGCGUGGGUGGCGGAAUGAGACAGUUCGAGAAUCUCAUCUUAAGGGACGGAUGCUUCGACGUCAAGUCGGUGUGGAGAAGUCAAGACGGAGUGAACAGAGAAAUUCUGAAGCUCACGUGGAAAUCGCAUCAAGAUUAUCACACGUCUGGUGUAUAAUAUUAUUGUCUUCGUAUAAUUAUCAAGUGCGUGUCGGCUCGGAAUGUUGCAGUAAUCAGCAGCGAUCCUUCCGCGGCGAGAUUUGUUUCAUUUUUUUUUUCGUGUAGACUAGGAAUCGCUGAUACCUUUUCGUAUGAAUUUAAGCACAGUAGAAUACGUAUACAUUUUACAUGUAUAUGCAAAUUAGUAUGUGUCGAUAUGUGCACAAAUUCAUGCGGAAAGGCAUCGGCGAUUCCUAGUGUACGCAAGAUUUGAGCCUAACAGUAUGCUCUUUGUGAUUAAAGGCAUUUUAUUUCAUAUAUUGUAAGUAAAUCAGUACGCUUAAAAGAUUAAAUUUGUCGACAAUAUACAUACAGUGUAUAAUGUAUGUACAAUGUGCCAACUUGCAAAUUUUUUAAAAUAGAAUACUCCUGUUUUGUAGCCAAUGCGCAAAGAGCACAUUGCCAAGCCUUAGCGUUCACCGAGGCGUUCACUUUGUCAAUAAACGUUUUCUUUCUA